AUGAGUCGAGAGAUGGCAUCGGAUGUGAGGCACCAAAAAGCCGGUGCCGCUGAGCGUAUGGCGAAUUUGCCCAAACUCCGGGACGUGAACAAGGAGUCCAUCUAUGGCUAUGUUUACGCCGUUUCUGGUCCUGUGGUGACCGCCGAGCAGAUGUCCGGCGCCGCGAUGUACGAGUUGGUACGCGUCGGACACGAAGAACUGGUCGGAGAGAUCAUCCGUUUAGAGGGCGAUAUGGCCACCAUUCAGGUCUAUGAGGAGACCUCUGGUGUAACGGUUGGGGAUCCAGUGCUAAGAACCGGCAAACCCUUGUCCGUAGAGUUAGGACCGGGUAUUAUGGGCAGCAUUUUUGACGGCAUUCAGCGACCACUCAAAGACAUUCACGAUAUGACACAAAGCAUAUACAUUCCCAAAGGCAUUAACACAACGGCACUCAAUCGCAGUCUUAAAUGGGAUUUCUUUCCCCAAUACGUCCGCAUUGGGAGUCACGUGACGGGAGGCGAUGUCUACGGCUAUGUCCACGAGAACACACUCAUCAAACAUAAGAUCAUUUUGCCGCCGAAGGCAAAGGGAACCGUCACUUUCGUCGCUGAGCCCGGAAAUUAUGACUUGAAUGUAAUUAUGGUUUUAUUAUGUANCGUCCGCAUUGGGAGUCACGUGACGGGAGGCGAUGUCUACGGCUAUGUCCACGAGAACACACUCAUCAAACAUAAGAUCAUUUUGCCGCCGAAGGCAAAGGGAACCGUCACUUUCGUCGCUGAGCCCGGAAAUUAUGACUUGAAUGAUGUGAUACUGGAGACUGAAUUUGAUGGCGAGAAGUCUCAGUAUACGAUGCUUCAGGUAUGGCCGGUGCGGCAGAUGAGGCCCUGUACCGAGAAGUUGGCGGCUAAUCAUCCACUACUGACGGGUCAACGAGUUCUGGACGCGCUGUUCCCGUGCGUUCAGGGCGGCACAACUGCCAUUCCCGGCGCCUUUGGUUGCGGCAAAACUGUCAUCUCUCAGGCGUUAUCCAAAUAUUCCAACAGUGAUGUCAUUAUAUACGUCGGUUGCGGUGAGAGAGGCAACGAAAUGGCCGAAGUG